AACUUCUUGGCAGUAAGACAUAAUAAUAGUCUGCGCUGACACCCAUUCGGGAUUUUCUUCCCUGGAUUUUAUCAGCGCAAGCAAUGGAGAGGGUCUGGCAUCUGAAAACAACUACUUGGGUUCCCUGUGUUUUAUUGGAUUCCAAGAUGGCGGACGGUCUGAAAGUAACAAUCCAGUUCAGUGGAGGAGCGGAACUUUUAUUUGACAAAGUUAAAAAGCAUGAUGUUACCCUAGAAUGCAAAGACAACAAAACAUGGACAACCAAACAACUGCUAGUAUGGAUAAGAGAUAAUUUAUUGAAAGAAAGACCUGAACUUUUUAUGCAGGGAGAAAGCGUAAGACCUGGUAUCCUUGUACUUGUAAAUGAUGCAGACUGGGAGCUACUGGGUGAAUUAGAUUAUCAAAUACAGCAAAAUGAUACAAUAGUGUUUAUAUCUACACUUCAUGGUGGAUGAUGUAGGCUGUCCUGUUCAAGUACUAAAUCUAGCACUACAAAUUCCUGAAGGGCUCCAUGGAGACACAAAAGAAACUUAUAGUGACAUGUAACUUGUUAGCCAUUUCUCUUAAUUUUCGUCAUUCCAUAUUUAAAUAUAGACCCCUUGCAUUCAAUUUAAAAGCAGCUUUAUCUUCCAAAAAACACAAAACAUUUUUUGCAGGGAACAAAUUAAUUGUUCCAAGAUUGAACUACAUUACUAUGAAAAGCAAGGUGCCUAGAAUACUAUUACACAGACAAGUUAUACAUAAUAUAUAUUUAUAAGUGCAUAAGCCAAGGUAAAGGAAAAUAAACAGACAAUGUUGACUGAUACACUUACAAAUAAUGUCACUAAGUUAAAUACUAUAAAAUCAAGGCAUUAGAAACAACUUUACAACUGCUCCUCAAUGAAGAAAGUAGUAAGAAAACAAAGAUUGUAAAAAUGUUGCCUUACGACAAUAAAUAUAACACUCAGA